GUGCCUCUCCUCCCCUCACCCUUUCUUUGCCCAGCAGAUCAUCAGGACACAGCCUCAUUAACUCUGUAAGUGCCAUGCUGUGAAGGGCUGGGGCAGGGGGAGGAGGGAAUCGAAGGUGGGGAAGCUCUUCAGCUGCCAUUAGCACCUCAAGUAGAGUCUGGGACCCAAGUCCAGAUGUCAGCUUUCUCCUACCUGCAUCCCUUGCCUCCUUGCAGGACGUUUGAGUUUAACCCAAAGCUGGGCAUUGAUAAUCCUGUCCUCUCCCUGGCUGAAGACCGUGACCCCUCUGAUCUCUGGAGUUUGGAGCGGCCUCGCUUCUGUCUGCUGAGCAAAGAGGAGGGCAGAAGUUUUGGCUUCCACCUGCAGCAGGAGCUGGGCAGGGCCGGGCAUGUGGUGUGCAGGGUGGAGCCAGGCACCUCUGCCCAGCGCCAGGGUCUUCGGGAAGGAGACCGGAUCCUGGGGGUGAACAACCAUAUUGUGGAACAUGAAGACCAUGUGGUGGUGGUACGCCGCAUCCGGGCCAGCGGUCCUCGGGUGUUGCUGACGGUUUUGGCACAGCAUGUGCAUGAUGUGGUCCGAGCUCAGCAGGGGAAUGAUGCCCACCUCUGUCCUACUCUUGGCCCAGGGGUCCGGCCCCGGCUGUGUCACAUAGUGAAAGAUGAGGGUGGCUUUGGCUUCAGUAUCACCCAGGGACAUUGGGGUCCUUUCUGGUUGGUGCUGACUACUGGAGGAGCAGCUGAGCGGGCAGGGGUGCCCCCUGGGGCCCGACUGCUGGAAGUGAACGGGGUCAGUGUGGAGAAGUUCAGUCAUAACCAGCUCAGCAGGAAGCUUCGGCAGAGUGGAGAGCAGGUGACCCUGCUGGUGGCAGGGCCAGAGGUGGAGGAACAGUGUCGCCAGCUGGGAAUGCCUCUGGCUGCACCCCUGGCAGAGGGCUGGGCACUGCCCAGCAAGCCCCGCUGUCUGCACCUAGAGAAAGGGCCCCAGGGCUUCGGGUUCCUGCUCCGGGAGGAGAAGGGCCUUGACGGUCACCUCGGGCAGUUCCUGCGGGAGGUGGACCCAGGACUGCCAGCCGAGAAGGCCGGGAUGCAGGCUGGGGACCGGCUGGUGGCUGUGGCUGGGGAGAGCGUGGAGGGGCUGGGCCAUGAGGAGACAGUGUCCAGGAUCCGGGCGCAGGGCUCCUGUGUCUCCCUCACUGUCGUCGACCCUGAGGCUGACCGCUUCUUCAGCAUGGUUCGCUUGUCCCCGCUCCUCUUCUUGGAGAGCACAGAGGCUCCUGCCUCUCCCCAGGACACCAGCUCAGCCUCUCUGGUUGAGACCAAGGACCCACCAGUUGAAGACACAGCCAUGCCUCCUGACACGUGUGGCUCCCGCCAGUGCUUUCUGUACCCUGGGCCUGGUGGUGGCUAUGGCUUCCGACUCAGCUGUGUAGCCAAUGGGCCUUGUCUCUUCAUCUCCCAGGUGACCCGGGGAGGCUCAGCUGCCCGGGCGGGGCUGCAAAUGGGAGAUGUGAUUCUAGAAGUCAACGGGUUUCCUGUGGGUGGAAAGAAUGACUUGGAAAGGCUUCAGCAGCUUGCUGAGGCUGAGCCACCCCUGUGCCUGAAGCUGGCAGCCAGAUCUCAGCAGGGCUUGGAAGCCUGGAUUCCCCAGGGUCUGGAGAGGACUGGGCUGUAGCCUCAGAUCUGCUGUAGCACUCCCCUACUUGGCACAGACCUACCCAGUGGCUUUCCUGUCUUCACUCUCCAGCCUGAGGUCGAAGGAGCAGAGCCGCUCUUUUUAAGCCAGAAACUGGAGCUCCAGGACUCUG